ACUCCAGCCUUAAAGCCUGUAAUUUCCAUAUGGAACAGUUCCGCACCAGGUGAAAGACCUGACAUUUAAAACCCUUAGCCUCCUUGAGGCUUGUUUUGCUAACUCAACCACCACAGUUUUAGUUUUCAGCCAAAACGGUAUUACCGCUUUGCAACGCGCGGCCAGACUGGAAUAUUUUGGUGUUAUAUAUACCCCCAGAUGCUCCGUUUCUGAUUCCAGGGCCUCUAUCACUACACCCCUAUAGCCACAUCAGAUAACGUUCACCUCAAGCUGGCCUUGUAUUACUUAAGCUGCUAUAAUGUCGGAAAUCAACGGGAAGUCGAGCUACGGUAACAACCACACAUCGAACGCCUUGCUUGAACAGCUAGUGUAUAUUGACAAUUUCAUCUCGAACGACCAUUCUGGAACCCCCUCCACCUUUGACUUUGAGUUUGACGACCAUCGGUUGUCGCUUGAACUUGCCACCUUUGCUGACGACUCGUUUAUUUUCCCGGAUGAGGACAAGCCAAAGCCCAAUAACGACGACGAGGGCGGCCUGGGAGGCCCUAGAAGCAACCCCCAUGUGAUUGCACCUGAUUCCAGGCCGUAUACCCCACUGGUCAGCAACGUUCCUCCCCCAACACCUAACGCUCAACCAGCCCUGGAUUUGUUGCCAAAGUAUCAGCCCCAAAACCUGGCGCAACAAAACCCGACGCAGCAAAAACAGCAACAAGCGGCAGUGUCGAGCAUCUUAAAUGUGUUACCAAAGGUACCGGUUCCGCCAGGUGCCAAGUCUUCGUUGGCUGCUGCUGGGUUGAGCAGCAACCAGAUCGAUGCGUUGGCUGCAUUGAUUGCCCAACACCAAGGAUUAGACAAAAAACCCGCUUACCCAGCCCGCAACCCUUCCGUAACGCACAUUGAGCCUUCUGCAGAAGCGCGCAGUUUUACUCCUCGCAACAACAGCGUUUCGGCCCAACGAAGCUCCGUUACCGAGGCCCAAUUCUCCUCCGAAGGCUCCCCCGCAUAUACUGGCGACCCUGUUAAUGCGGCCGAGGGAGACAAAAGGCGCCGGAACACGCAAGCGAGCGCACGCUUCAGAAUUAAAAAGAAGAUGAAGGAGCAGCAGUUGGAGGCUACGGUGACAAGCUUGAAUGAAAUGAGCACCAAGUUGCAGUUGAAGAUCCAGCAGUUGGAGAUGGAGAACAAGUUGUUACGUAAUUUGAUUGUCGACAAGAACCACCAGCGGAACUUGGAGGAGUUGGCGGACUUGAAAGAGAAAGCCAAGCAGGAU